UAAAUUUAACCAGCUUCGGCACAGCGUUCAGUGAUAUUUUCAACGCAAAGGAAUUGAGACAUAUGACCGCAGUUCAGUCAAUUAAAAGUUUAAGCGAAACGCGUACAUUUCAUAUGGAAGAGCAAAACAAGUUACAAUAACAGACAAGUCUGAAAGAAUCUACGAGAAGCAACAGUUGAGCGCAUACAUAUAUUUUUACAUAUGUGAAAAGACUUAAGUAAAAAAAGAAAAUUGUGUGCGGCAUUAAAAAGCAGCGAAGCAAGACGCAACAUAGGAAGAAUAUUAACUUUAACGCAAAACCGCAAAAAAGAGCCAGCAACAGGCAAAAAGUUCAAAAUGUGGAACCAAACGGCAACAGCAGCAACAAGUGAUAAUAACAAGGAAAAGGAAACGGUAGAGGAUUGUAGCUGUGCUGGUGCUGGUGGUGGUAGCGUUGGCAGCACUCUUCCAGCUCUCAGUGUUGAGCAGCAGCAAAAAGCAACAGCAGCAGCAAUUGAAACUAACAGUAAACAAUCGAAAUCAUCAGCAACAACAUUUGGCGGCAAAAGCAGCGAGCAACAACAACAUCAAGAAAGCCGAGCCGCCAUUAACCAGCAAAAAGAAUUUGCAGCACAAAGCGAAACAAGUGAUUCUGGUUUCAUAUCCGGCCCGCAAUCAGGUCAAAUCUUUAGCGGCGAACUAAGCGACGACGAGCCCGAACAGGAGCAACAGAAAAAACAUUCAGGACAUUUGGACAAGGGCGAGGAGCAGGACCAACCCCGGGCCAAGGAUAAACAGCAAGUGGUGCUCGAUUCGGGUAUCAUUGACGAGGAACCAACGGAGGACGUAUCCGACGAGGAGGUCGAGGAACAGGAGCAGCAGACAAGUCAAAAAGGGGCUGAAUCUGGCGCCGAACAGCCGGCCGUUGAGCAGAUGCGCUUCAAACACAAUGUCGAUACGGGCAUACCGCAAUGGACCGUACAAUCGAGCCUCGCCAGCGGCGGCACAGCUUUGAACAAUCUCAAUACAACAACAACAGCAAUAACAAAUGCCAACGCCUCCGCUGGACGAAGAAGCGCCCCACAGAACAGCAGUGCAACAACAACAUCUGCAACAACAGCAACAAAUGCAGCUGGAAAUACUGCAAAUGCAACUGCCCCAUUGAGCGGAAGCAACAACAUCAACAUCAUCAAUGCCUGGGAGCAAUUCUAUCAACAGAACGACGAUGGCGACACUCCACUGCAUUUGGCCUGCAUAUCGGGCUAUGUGGAUGUUGUAGCCGCACUGAUACGCAUGGCACCACAUCCAUGCCUCCUGAACAUCCAGAACGAUGUGGCCCAGACGCCCCUCCAUCUGGCCGCACUAACAGCGCAGCCAACGAUCCUGCGUAUGCUUCUAUUAGCCGGUGCCGAGCCAACUGUACGUGAUCGUCAUGGCAAUACGGCGUUGCAUUUGUCCUGCAUUGCCGGCGAGAAGCAGUGUGUGCGCGCCUUGACGGAGAAGUUUGGCGCCUCGGAGAUUCAUGAGGCACAUCGCCAAUAUGGACAUCGUUCCAAUGACAAGGCAGUCAGUUCGCUGAGCUAUGCUCAUCUGCCUGCCGAUCUGGAGAUUCGCAACUAUGAUGGUGAGCGUUGCGUACAUUUGGCCGCCGGAGCCGGGCAUAUUGAUAUCUUGCGCAUUCUGGUUUCUCACGGUGCUGACAUUAAUGCCAGAGAGGGCAAAGGUGGACGCACACCGUUGCACAUUGCCAUUGAGUGCUGCAACGAGGAUUUGGCCAAUUUUCUGCUAGAUGAAUGCGAGAAACUCAAUCUGGAGACAGCCACAUAUGCCGGCCUGACGGCAUAUCAGGUUGCCAGCAUACUGAACAAAUCCCGUAUGCAGAACAUACUCGAGAAACGCGGUGCGGAGACAUUAACUCCCCCCGAUAGUGAUUAUGACAGUAGCGAUAUUGAAGAUCUUGACGAUACGAAGAUGUACGAUCGCUUUGGUGAUCCGCGUUACUUUGUCAGCUACAAUGGCGGCAAUCCGAUGACAGUUGCUUGAGAUCGCAUCAUCAAUUGUACAUAAUAUAUAAUGCAUUAACAAUCCAUUCUACUAUAUUAUAAUUAACAACGCUAUAAUUCCAAUAACUGCUGAAGCCAACCCAUAUGCGAUAUAUUUUGACGCAAGUUCUUUACACAAAAACCACGACGAUGAACAAAUAACAAUCACGAAGAACGAGUCACCAGCAAUGCAACCACCCAACAUGUACUUACAACUUACAACACACACAACACAAACAUUAAUGUAUAUUACAUUGUUUACCAUGUAAGCC